AUGACGACAUUGAAAAUAAUUCUUUACUGCAACGGCGUAUGGGAUGACAGUUUUAACUACUCGAAUUACAAAAUCAAAGGAGUUUUGCUUAAGGAGGACACGGAUUUUGAAAUGCUGAAAUUGCUGAUAUGUGGUGUACUGAAAGAGAAUAGUUGGCAAACCAAUUUAGAUAUCAAAUAUCAAUUGGAACCUAAUCAGCAGCCAGUGGAUAUCGAUGAUGAUGAAAGUGUGCAGUUCUACAUAGAACUGAAAAGAAACGAAGCGAGAAUGACUCACUUUCCUUUGUGUGUCACGGCGAACCAAGUUGAAAAUCAUCAACUUAUGAUUGAUAUCAACAAUGUACCUUUGAAUAAUUUUGAAGAAGAGCCAAUGGAAGAAUCAUUCUCAGGUAACACGAGCUUUGAUAUUGUGAAAUAUGUUGAAUUGAUAUGCAAAAACUCAGAUUGUACAGAAGAGGAGACCUUCAGUAUACCAGCUGAUUCAGAAAUUGUGUCCACCACCAGUGUGAAAGAAGUUUAUAUUGGACAAGUAUUCAAAGACAAAAGGUAUCUUCAAUCUUGUCUUAGUUUUUAUGCAAUUGAGAAUCAUUUUCAAUUUAAAGUGAGUAAGUCGUGUACGAAGGAAUAUUUGGUAAAUUGUAUAGAUGACAGUUGUAAUUGGGUUGUGAGGGCUUCUAGCGACGGGAAAACAAAGAUGUUUGUUAUUAGACGAUUAAACAACAUCCAUACUUGUCCCACUGAAAUCAGAAUGGAAGAGAAACGGCAAGCAACCGCUGCAAUAAUUGGUGAAGUUAUCAAAUCGAGGUUCUUCAAUGUCAAAACAGUGUACACGCCGGCAGACAUCAUAACUGACAUGCAAAAAAAAUAUGGGGUGGUUUUGUCUUACAAUAAGGCAUGGAGGUCGAGAGGGAAGGCGCUUGAUACCGUUCGUGGUAUACCGCGGGAAUCGUAUUCUGUUUUGCCUAGUUUCUUACAUAUGGUAAGGCAAACGAACCCCGGAUCAGUUGUUGAUUUGAUUAGAUCUGAAGGAAACAGAUUUAAAUAUGUUUUCAUGGCUCUGGAUGCAUCUAGAAAAGGUUGGAUCUAUUGUAGACCGGUUAUUGUAGUGGACGGGACGUUUUUAAAAUCGAACUACGGCGGAACCCUACUUACUGCAUCGACACAAGAUGGGAAUGGUAAAAUUUUUCCACUAGCAUUUUGUGUAGUUGAUUCCGAAAAUAAUGAAUCCUGGAAAUAUUUUUUUAUAAAACUGAAAGAAACUUUUGAGAAGAAGGACAACUUGUGCAUCGUUUCCGAUAGGCAUGAAAGCAUAUCUAAUGCUGCAGGAACAGUUUUUCCAGAAGCUAGACAUGUAAUUUGCAUGUAUCAUCUCUUGGGUAACAUAAAAAAACACUUUAGAGUAAAUGCGAAAAGGUUGAGGGACAAUUUUUUUGGGGCUGCGAGAGCAUACACAUUAACUGGUUUUAACUACUUCAUGGAAGAGCUCGAUAGCAUGAACGCAGGAAUACGACCGUACCUUGAAGGAAUUGGAUUUGAUAAAUGGGCAAGAUCACGUGCAAAGGCUAACAGAUACUCUACAAUGACAUCGAACAUUGCUGAGUCGAUUAAUGCAUCGCUAAAGGCAGCCAGGGAAUUGCCUAUAUCAACACUCUUAGAGUAUGUGAGGCGUCUAGUCCAAGAAUGGACAUAUAAGAAUAGGAAUAUUGCACUAUCAACGGGAACAAAAUUGACGAAUAGAGCAGAAAAUGAACUGAGGGAAAAUUAUGCGACAUCUAUGACAAUGAAGGUUAUACCAUCAGUAACCUUAAUAUAUAGUGUCGAAGAUGGUGGUGGCACUAUGACAGUGAAGCUAAAAGAGAAGGAGUGCUCUUGUGGAAGGUUUCAAAUCGAUGAAAUCCCGUGCCCACACGCCAUUGCAGUUUUGACCAAGUUUCAUUUAGAUCCAUAUCAAUAUUGUUCUCAAUUUUUCACCAAGGAAAAUUUUCUGAAAGUUUAUGAGGCAGUUGUUUAUCCUGUGCCUAGUAAAAGUGAAUGGGAUGUGCCUUAUGAAGUUGAAAGUAUUGAAGUUCGACCUCCUAUCGUGAAGCUACCAGCGGGGCGACCAAAAAAACAAAGAAUAAAGGGAUAUGCGGAAGGAAGCGGAACAAUCAACUGCAGCCGAUGUGGAAAAAAGGGACAUAAUAAGAAGACUUGUCGGGGCAUACCAAAGUAG